AUGCCUGCUCGAGUCUUGCAGGAGUCCUCACCAAUCUCCAUAACGACACCGGCCAAUGAUAGCUCAAACCUAGACUUCACCGCUACCACAUUCGACCCUGUCUCUUUCCUGAACGAAUCUCUUCCCGCCCCAUCGCUAUCAUUGACCUUGACGCCGGAUCAGGCUCGACCAAGGGAUUUGUCACUUCAACAAGUCUCAACGCAGACGCAGGCUUUCCUCGCCCAAAUCAAUGCUCAGAAUAUCCGUUCCGCUAGCACUCUUUCCCAACUGACGGACGAGAUCUUACGAAGUGGCAGUCGGCUUGCAUAUGAAGUAGAGGUGCUGCGUGGAGACGCGAACGCUCUCCAUGACAGUCUUACAGACGCUCUUCAGGAGGACAUUCAGAAAUUCACUUUCGCAGAUACAACAGCAGAUGGUAGGGAUGUCGCUGUAGGGGAGGAGCAGCUCAAUGGCUCUACACAUAGCAACGAGCCAGCUUUUAUCAGCCAGCUACGGAUGCUGGCGCAAGUGAAAGCGCGGCUAGAAGAAGUCAUCAAUGUUUUUGGCGAAGCUAUGAAAUGGCCUCUGGCUCCAUCACAGCUCUCCCUUACCUCCUCCUUGAUUUCGGUGUCAGCACCAGAGCCCGGAUCAGAAAGUCACAGUCGGGAGGAGAAGGGGAGGGAAUAUGCGAACAAAGCCAAAGCGGAAAUUGUUGAGCUUUUGAACAACACUACCGGGGUCCCUAAUGUAGAAGCUGCUGCCAGGAGAGUGGACGCAUUUAGAUCGUUGUUGGCUGUAUGGAAGGGCACUGCAGAGGAACGAGCUAGGACCAAAUUUGUUGACAGUUUGAGUAAACUUGUGGAGGAAAAACGAAGACAACUAGAGGCUCGAUCCCUGUCACAGCCUCUACAAGACACGAAUGCUGGGGCGCAGCGGUCAAACUCAACACCAGGGAGGCCAUCUGCAGGACAGCCACGAGAGCGUCUCGGAAAUGAGACGGGUAGUGGAGGUGGUUUGUUCAGGAAUCUGCAAAGACUUCGAGAUGAAAUCUACCUGGACUGA